AUGACGUCCGCGUUCUUGAGAAAAUCAUGUUCUCUCGACGUUACAAGCGAAGCAGAUCGGGAGCUUCAAAUCAUCGUGAGCAUACUUAGGCUUCAGGUUGCUCCUGAGUUGAGGUCGUUUCGCACAAGCGCGAAAGCCGAGGACGGUAUUGCUGAGAUGAAUUCACGACUCGAAAGGGUAGCCUGUGCACUUCAACACGCGCGGCAGGUAUCAUCUUCACGUUCACAACAUGCGCCGAGGACUGUCAGUAAGUUAAGUCGUCCUUUAUCAACUCAAGGAACGCUUACAUUUGACUCAUGGAGUGAAUCUUCUCACAUAAUGUCGCGCUUGUCAUUCACGGAUAAAUAUGUUUCUGUGGACUGCGUUGAGAAAGCCAUUCAUGAGGCAUCAACUGUCAGCAGAGUAGACUUUGUUGCCGCAGUAGUCACCGAAAAUGGAGAAAUGGCUUCACAUGAUUUCGGGGUGGAUAUGAAGAUUGCUGCGAGUCGAGAUGUCCAGGAAGCCAACGCUGAAGAAGUCAAGGGCGUACUUGAUGUUGCAGCCCACAAAACAGAGGGAGAGAAGGACACUUCUGACUUGACAGGGAGAGCAGUGUUGCCAGAAGUUGAUGCAUCACAGACACAUCUGAAUGCAAGCCAUCGCAUUGGAAUGCAGUCCGAGCUGUCUAGUUGCUCCACCCUCAAAGCUCGAGACCUAUGUGCGUUCAAGUUUUUGUCGCUGGACAAUUUGAAGAGUAUUAAAUGUGAUUUUUUCCAGUGCAGCAAAUAUCAAGACGAUUUGCUUGUCUACGCCCUAGAAAUCAAGGAGAGCCCUCUGUAUAUACUGCUUGACAUCGAUAAUAUCGUGUGCAUGGAGGCCGAGGAGAACAGAUUUGUCGUGCACAAGUGGACCAAAGGUAUCCUGGAUAUUCGACAGGUGUAUCUUGUUGUGAAGAAUAAUGGACUUCUUCACCAGUUGGCUCUUGAGUUUGUACGGAGACCUAGUGAAACGAGGACCUUUACUGAGGUUCUACUUUUCAGCCCUGAGAACUCGACGCGAUUCACCCGGCUCCUCUCGUCCCGCCGCGACGACCUUUUGAAGACCAGAAAUCUCACUCACGAUGGUGAACUAAACAAUAUGAAUGUAACAUGCAACGGUUGGCAGGAAUAUCGCCCUUUGGGUUCCUUGCCUGACGGUUUCCUAGAGACCCCAUCACGGAGCGGGAACUACACCGGGCCAUCCUCAGCGGACGUGCCAUCCGUGUCCCCGUGGUCGGAAAUCGUGACAAGGGAUGAAGAGCGUGCACGUUUCGAUGAUGUCAAACAUUCGGGUGGUGAACCAAGUGCUGAGGGUGUGUGUAAAGAAGAACAAGUAACAAGUGUAGUGGUCUCUCCACCAAUACCACUGGAGAAAAUCGAUGCCAGGAUUGAUAACGCGUGCGUUGUCGCGGUAGAACGGCAGCAGAAAACUAAACAUGUUGAAAGGUGCGAUAACACAACUCCUCAAGAUAAAGAGGCAAAAAGUUCGAACAGCAACCAUACGAGAGUAAAUCUUCCUCCGUCCUGGCAUCAAGGGCAACUUGUUCAGACGAGUCAAGCGAGAGUUGAGAGGCAGGAUGUUCGCGAAUUUACAGGAAUAUCAACUCAGGCAGAAUAUAUCGUUGAGGUUGAUAAUGGAAUGGGCAAUAGUACACUAUAUGAACUUGCUCGGGCCAAUUUACUCCGGCGAGUACAGUUGCAUCUCCCGAAAGUGCACAACCCACGACCUGGACUUACUGAACACCAAAAGACCUUAGGGCCAUCCUCUGGUGAAUUUUGCCGAUCUAGAUUUUGCUCUUUAGAGUGCAUUGCUGCAAGUUGCACUGGUUUUAUUCGUGCUGCGGGUUCAAACAUCGACGAUGACAUCAAAAAUAUUGAUGAAAUCAACCGACACCUGCGCAAGAUCAUUAUUCGCAACCAUCCGGAUAGGAACUCCGUUGCAAGAGUUGGCGAAGUGUCAGCCGCUGAGGCUACGGUGCUCACACAACAGGCCACCUCAUUAGAAUCGAUGUUAGCUGAGCAACAAUACAUUGCUCUCACCAUUCAAAUAGACCUACAGCCGUGUCCUCCAUAUAGGUUCGCGACCACAGGGAACACUUCAUCAGUUGAUGUGCUGGCUUUAAGUCGGGUGCAUUUGGCACUCACUCUGGAACAGCUACGAGACUGUAUUGUCGACGAAAGGCGAGAACUAUUACCUUACAAGGACGAGCUGCAACUGAGCUUGUUGCAGGCUCCAGAAAAACAUGAGCUGCGAGUGUACUUCGGAACUGGGCAGACACUGCGGGAGAUGAACCUCGAUCAUGACAGCAUAUUCUGUGUAAGGCUCCCAACUAGUCUCAAGGUGAAACUCGAUUCGACUUCCAGGUAAAGGACAGGGUGUGUUGUCAGUGCAGUAAAUCAUUGCCCAGCGCAGGCGCAUUGCAUGUGUCAAGUGAGUAUAUCCUCCCUGCAUCAUCACCACAAUAUAUACGGCCUGGUGCACCAAAACUAACACAACCAAAGUUUGCCAAACCUUGAAAGAAUGCAACUUCCUUCCACAUACGAUUG